AUGGCCUCUAAUGACCGGAAUGCCAUCACUUUAAUCGAAACAGAUGAAGUGAAGCACCCCACCGCGACGUAUGUAUACACAGAGUCUCAGAAACAGAGCCGCAAUGGCGCGCAGACAGGGCGGAUUGACCACAUUCCUCCAACCGCUUCACCCUCGUCAUGGCCUCGGGCCAAUCUGAUGAGUAUCCUCGGGGAUGUCUUUCUUCCGGCUGGAUACCCGCAUAGCGUCACUGAUGAUUAUCUGCCAUAUCAAAUAUUCGUAAGUCCAUCCAGCCCGCGCAACUGUGCAUGCAAUAACAACCCAGGACUCCUUCCAAGCCUUCAGCAGCUCCAUUGCCGGACUCCUAGCUUCCAGAGCCGUCCUGCAAGGUCUCCCUCCUGCCUUAUAUCCCCAGUAUCUCAACCGUCCAUACUAAAAGCAACAGGCGUCGGAGUCGGAAACCCCACCGCAACCCCAACAGCCGCCCUCCUCCUACACACCCUCCAAGACACAACCUCGCGCCUCGCAACAAUCCUCUUCGCCUACCGUAUCGGCACAGCCCUCGAGCCGGAAUGCAAGCGGUACCGCUUCGCUGCAGACGUCUUCAACGAUCUGGGCAUGGUGCUGAAUUGUCUGUCGCCGAUGGUACCUGCUGGUGUUGUCCGGGUGGGUGUCUUGAGUGCCGCGGGGGUGUUGACGGCGCUUUGUGGUGUUGCCGGGGGGAGUAGUAAGGCAACGUUGAGUGCGCAUUUUGUGAGGGGUGGGAGGGGAAGUUUGGGGGAUGUUAAUGCUAAAGAUUCAUCGCAGGAGACUGUCAUCUCGCUUAUUGGGAUGUUGACCGGCUCUCUCAUAAUAACCCACAUAACAACCCCCCUCACAACCUGGCUCUUCCUCCUCACCUUGCUAACACUACAUCUAUCCUUAAACUACCUCGCCGUAUGCUCCGUGCAAAUGACCACGCUCAACCGUCAACGCGCGAAUAUCCUCUUCUCAACGCUUCUGGGCUCAGAUCCUGCCCUGUUAUUUCUGACCUUGGGUGGGGAAAUGGGACCACCAUUGCAGUCGCAGACUGAUAUACACGAAGAAAAGAAGAAAUGGAGAGUCUUGACGCCAGCACAGGUCGCCAGCAAAGAGCUUAUCUUUGAGCGUGAUGGGGUUAUAAAGUGGUACUCCAGUCACUCUUCUGCCUCUAACCAAAUCAUCACCCUUGGGCACGCCAAUAUUGGUAUAUCGGUUCAGCGAUUCUUCAGCACAGUUGAGCCUAAUCUCUUACCCGACCUCACAAGUAUCUUCACGAACGAAGCAUACAUCCUCUAUCUCACCUCUAUCACCACAAUUGGCACCACCACUAAAGUGAAAUGGACCGCAAACACCCUCCUGAAACAAUCAUCCACGCCGCACUCGCAGCUGAAAGCGUGGAUGCAUGGAUUACUCGCUGCGCGCGUACUUUCCUCUUCAUUUCCAGUUGUUGACAAAGACAGUGGUGAGAAUGGGGUACUACGAGUCCUAGACCAGACGUUGACUUUCCUGAAUCACGGAAGGAGGUUUGGAGAGUACAUGUCUGCAAUGGAAGAAUGUGGAUGGGAGUUGGAUGUUGCGUCGUUAGAGACAAGGCCGGGACGGAGGGUUUCGGUUGCUUAA